UUUCUCCUCGGUACAAGCAGGAAGGAAGGAAAAUCAAAUAGAAAUUGAUUUCCUGGCAAGGCUUUGGUGUUUCUUUCUUUUACUUUGCUAUUUCUCUGUCGGCGUACAACAGAAGAGAAGAGAAAAGAUGGCGCUGCAGACUGCAGUUAUUCUUCACGGCAGCUUUAUCGGCCGCUCCUUUGACUCUGUACAUACCGCCUUUGAGAAGCACGCAGGAGGUGAUAUGGGAAACAACGGUCGGGCGUGGGUGACCUGCAUGACAAAUGAAAUUGGGUCAGCCGAGCAGCACUUUGACUUGGCAAAUGAAAGGAAGCAAGCAGCAGCUCUUGAAAUCGUUUUAAACGUCUAAGCAAGCUGCUCUCGGUGGUGGUUUGUACUGGCUCUCGACAAGGUAGCCGGUCAAGCAAAGUGGUCAAUUAAUUGGAAACAGCAUAGCUAGGGAGAGGCGGAUAGUUUUGCGAUCGGGGAAAGAAAUCAGUUGCAGCGGCGGUUUUGGUGAAGGCGAGGAGUGGAGGAGCUAAUGGUCGACAAAAGACUUCUAAGCGACUAGGUAAGCUACUCGCGGCUAUGUAAUUAAAAUCCCAUGACAAGUGGAAAGCAUGAUUGUGACGUGUGUAAUGGAAUGCAAGGUAGCUUAACUGCUCUAAAGGGAUUGGAAUUGAUGGAAGCAAGUAUGGAUUAUGAUAAAGCAAGUGUCUGGUAACAAUCAAAAGAGUGGGACGUGUUCUAUCCCCAGUUAUUGAUGGAAUAGAAGAUUGAGAAAUUAUGUAUGGACGAGUACAAAGCUUUUAAGGACGCUUGGCGUCGGCUAUAAAGUCGAUAAUCCAAU